AUGCCCGUCCCAGCGUACUCAACACGGGGGUCUCCAAAACUGGAACAGUCCCAGCGCACGUACCAGGACCAAAACUCCUAUGCUCUGCAACCGGCGUCUUUCUCUUUCCUCCGCCUGCCUCCGGAGAUUCGCUGCAUGAUUUACGACAUCUACGCGCACAUCUGGAUCCAACGAGGCGUGCUUCCGCUCAAAGUCGUCGCCAGGAAACACAACCACCACCGAAAGCAACGGCAAGCGCCACGCUGCUCCUCUGGCAGUGACAGGCCAUAUAUUCCGUCCUCGCAGUGCAGGAACUUGCCAACGCCACCGCUAGCCCUGACGUGUCACACAAUCUAUAAAGAGGUCUUGCCUUUCCUUCGCCAGACCAUAUCAGUCCAUAUCAACGACUGGAUCCACCCAUACCUUGAGUCUCGCGAGGAUAUCGACGUGGCCAGUGCCCUUGUGCGCACUGCCAUGCCCACGUACCUCCAGUGCGACGGGAGUGUGAAGAGCGUGCGCAUGACGUGGCACAUGCGUGAAAUACGCCGGUCGUGCUCGAGGGAUCAGAGAUGCAGCCCUGCGUGUCUGCUGUUGGCCUGGCCGCUGAUCCGAGACGGGAAUCCUGGUUAUCGCGCGGCGUUUUCCAUGCUGGGUGAGCUCGAGGUGAUGCAGAUUGUGCUGCAGACCAGCGAUUAUGGUUCUUUCUUGCCGAGACGGGAUCAUGAGAUGGCGCUGUACUUUGCGCAGCCUGGGUUGCUGGGUUUCUUGGAGGACGUAGUGCCCUUGUGUCCCAGCUUGAACGCGCUCGAGUUUGUGGGCGUCUUUGAGAAGGAGUGGUUGGAUCGUAUCGAGGAGAAAAUUGCAGCGCCACGAGGGGUCAAGGUCAGGCGUGGGAGUGAAGAGCUGACCAAGAAAUGGCUCAAGCCGUACUAUGCGCAGACUCUAGAGUUGUGCGAAUAG